UCGUCAUUCAAGCACCAUCUACCCUCGACCGACAAAUCCCAAGACCACGCACGAACCACGCGAGUAGCCAUACAGCAUCAUCUCGCGUUGCAAGGAAAUCGGUGAUCAAAAACUACUCAACUCUUUUUGGUGCGCCGCAACCGGCAGGCAGGGAACUUGCCCCGCAUGGGUCAACCACCCAAUGUGACAGCCGAAAUGCUCGGCGCUGAGCACUACCACCCUCUGGUUGGCGCCAUCCACAACAUCUUGUCUACAGACCUUGCCGAAACUACAUUUGCGCAGCUUUUUGACGGGCUUCCCGAUGUCCACACGGUUUGGGACACGCGCGGGGCUUUCUUGCUCAAAGGCCACCCCCUCAUCGAACAUGAUCGGCUGUGUGACGGCGCGAUCGAGAACUUCAAAGUCUUCCGCGACGGCUUCGACCCUGCUGUUCUAACCUUCAAUGCAUGGGUCAUGCAGCGCUACCAGAACGCCUCGCCAGGCUCUCGCGAGUUCAAGAUGCGUCUUUGUGAGCUUGUGGCGGCAUCAAUUCACCAAAUCGCGGUCCUCAUCUUCCAGUCGCCGACCAAGUUGCACAGCAAAGAGUAUAUCGACUUCGUUGACUCCUGGAAGAGGGAGUCCCGAUGGGUCCAGUAUGAUGGGUGCCCUCCCUACCUUGAGAAAGCGAUUGAGCCUUUCCCCACGCUCUUCUUCCAUUGUGACUACGUCGACGACGAUCAGUACCCGCACGGCGUCGCUGAUGUGGCUGGAUACUGGGCCGAGGAUCGUGUCCUCGGGGGCAUUGUGCUGUUUGAUCGCGGCCAGUCCGGAACUGAGUGCAAGGACAUAUAUUUCCACUCUGGUCGGAGACGAACGACAUUCCGGGUCUGGAGACUGCAAGACACCCAGUUCGACCAGAUGGUGGACUUCCUGCUCUCCGAGGACGGCUCGGCGCCUUCCCCGUUCCCUCUCCUUGCGUCCUCUGAAAAUCGACAUCGCCAUGACCCUUGGGACGCAAUAGUCUUGCAUCGGGUUUUUAGAGAUCCAUGGGAGCGCAAAGUCCCGCCCACGAAACCGGAGGAGCGCGAUGUCGUGGCAGCCGGCGACUAUCCUGAGCUCGACGACAUGGUCAACCAGGUCCAACUGGCGGUACAGCGGGAGCCGCAUAUGGUCUUCAACUGGAAUGCUGAGAUGGAAGCGCAAGCAUUCCCUUGGCUGCCGCGCCGUCACGGCGGCGGGGAUGUGGGCGACGGUGAAUCGCCUCUGGAGAGCGAGUUGUCUGACGAUGAACCGAACUCGUUGUGCGCCUUGAGCCCACCCAGCACGCCGCCUCCUCCGAGCCGGAUCGGUAUAUCGUUGCAGGCCGACGCAGUGCCAGACUCUAACACUCCUUUGGGGCAGGAGGGACAUGAUGGUAGUCCGGCUGAGGCUGCAAGGGAUAGUGAGCCCGUUGGCCAGGGCUGCGGUUAGGGUUGAUCGGGGAAAGAAUGGCAGGUUCACUGAGGAUGCCUGCUCGUUGAACGUUGCCGCAGGCUGCCAACCGCGACAGUUCUCAUAUCUCAGAGGGGAAACAGAGCACGAAACGUGUUCGGCAACCGCGCCUCAAAUCCGAGGCCAUCAGAGCUUAGACGCAGUUGGCGAAAUUUAACCCAUUUCUUAGCGCCUGUCUCCUGUUGCAC